AUCUGCUGCUACGGAAACCAAAACGAGGAACCGAAGGAGGAGAAGAAAAGAAAAGAGCACCGAGAGACCUUUCGCGCCCUCGGCGAAUCAUUACUUACACUGUUACAGUUUUCGCCUCUCUCGCUCUCGAAGGCGUUUCGUCUCCUGGAAUCGCAUCUGUCUCUCGGAUCCGCUCGAAGUCAGGCGUCGCCUCCAUGACGCAGCCGCCGGCUCCGCCUCUCCCCGCUCCGCCUCCGCAAUCCUCCUCAGGCAGCGGCGGCGGAGGUGGAGGUGGAGGUGGAGGCAGGGCUGAGGUGCAGGUGAGGUGCGCCGGUUGCCGUGUGAUCCUGAGGGUGAAGACCGGUGUGGUCGAGUUCUCGUGCCCUACCUGCCAACUUCCCCAAAUGUUACCGCCGGAGCUCAUCGCUAGGGCACGGCCACAUUUCCAGCAGCCACAGCCGAUUCAGACUCUCCCGCCUCUGCAGCAGCAGCUAAAGCCUCUGAAUUUACCUCGCCCGCCGGUUCCGGCACACGGCAUCGAUCCAACGAAGAUGCAGUUGCCUUGCGCCAAUUGUCAGGCCAUUCUCAAUGUGCCUCACGGCCUCACGCGGUUCUCGUGCCCUCAGUGUAAUGUCGAGCUCGCUGUCGAUGUCUCCAAGCUUAAUCAGUCUUUAUCUGCUCCUCCUCCGGCUCAAGCAGGCCCUUCUCCUGCUCCGCCUCCUCCUCCUGAAGAAGUCAACGAGGUAGCCAUUGAAGUGGAGAGAGAAGAAGAUGAAGGUGGAACAGUAGGAGAAACGUUUAUGGAUUAUCGCCCACCAAAGCUUUCAAUUGGACCUCCUCAUCCAGAUCCAAUUGUGGAAACAUCAUCCUUAUCUGCAGUGCAGCCCCCAGAACCCACUUAUAAUCUCAAAAUAAAGGAUGAGCUUGAAAGGUCAAAGGCUCUAUCGUGCUUGCAGAUUGAGACAUUAGUUUACGCUUGUCAGAGGCAUCUCCAGCAUCUUGCUGAUGGUACCAGGGCCGGAUUCUUUGUUGGAGAUGGUGCUGGUGUGGGGAAAGGGCGAACAAUUGCUGGGCUGAUUUGGGAGAAUUGGCAACGUGGGAGAAGAAAAGCAUUGUGGAUUUCUGUUGGCUCAGACUUGAAGUACGAUGCAAGAAGGGACUUAGAUGAUGUAGGUGCAACAUGCGCAGAAGUGCAUGCUUUGAACAAGUUACCCUAUUCUAAGCUCGAUUCAAAGUCUGUUGGGAUUAAAGAAGGAGUGGUAUUCUUGACAUACAAUAGCCUUAUUGCUUCCUCUGAGAAGGGUCGUUCCCGCAUGCAACAGCUUGUUCAGUGGUGUGGACCGGGCUUCGAUGGCCUCGUGAUCUUUGAUGAGUGUCAUAAAGCAAAAAACUUGGUACCUGAAGCUGGGAGUCAGCCAACUCGUAUUGGGCAGGCAGUUGUUGACAUUCAGGAUAAACUCCCUGAAGCACGUGUUCUUUAUUGCUCAGCUACUGGUGCAUCUGAACCACGAAACAUGGGUUAUAUGGUCAGGCUGGGUCUUUGGGGAGCUGGAACAAGUUUCAGCGAGUUUAAUGAAUUUCUAGUCGCUCUUGAUAAAGGCGGUGUAGGAGCACUGGAAUUGGUGGCCAUGGACAUGAAAGCCAGAGGGAUGUAUGUAUGCCGUACUCUGAGCUACAAAGGAGCGGAGUUUGAGAUUGUUGAAGCUCCUCUGGAAGCAGAAAUGGAGGCAAUGUACAAAAAAGCUGCGGAAUUCUGGGCGGAGUUACGGGUAGAAUUGUUGUCAGCAAGUGCUUUUCUGCCUAAUGAGAAACCGAAUUCUAGUCAGUUGUGGAGAUUAUACUGGUCAAGCCACCAGCGUUUCUUUAGACACUUGUGUAUGUCAGCCAAAGUUCCUGCUACAGUGAGGUUAGCUAAGCAAGCAUUAUCACAGAACAAAUGUGUGGUUAUUGGCCUUCAGAGUACAGGAGAGGCUCGAACUGAAGAAGCUGUAACGAAAUAUGGUCUAGAGCUUGAUGAUUUUGUCUCCGGACCUCGAGAGCUGUUGUUGAAAUUUGUGGAAGAAAAUUAUCCUCUGCCUGAGAAGCCUGAACCUCUUUCAGAGGAUGAAGGUGUAAAAGAACUUCCAAGAAAGAGACGCUCAGCCUCACCAGGUGUUUCAUUUAGGGGGAGAGUCAGAAAGAUGGCCAAAUGGAAACCUGAUAGUGAUGAUGAAAGUGAUUUCGAGUCUGAAGGUGAUUCUGUUCAUGAUUCUAAUGAUUCUGACGAUGAAUUCCAAAUCUGUCAGAUAUGCAAUGGAGAAGAGGAGAGGAAGAAGUUGCUCCACUGUUCAGAAUGUGAGAAGCUUAUUCAUCCCAGUUGCGUAGUUCCUCCAGUUACAGAAAUACCACCUGAACCUUGGACAUGCCUUUCAUGCAAGGAAAAGACAGAGGAAUACAUUCAAGCAAGACGCCUCUACAUUGCAGAAUUACAGAAGAGGUAUGAAGCAGCUGUGGAGCGAAAAUUAAAGAUUCUAGAGAUAGUUCGUUCUUUGAAUCUUCCAAACAAUCCUUUGGAUGAUAUUAUUGAUCAGCUUGGAGGCCCUGAAAAUGUAGCAGAAAUUACAGGCAGGCGAGGUAUGCUUGUAAGAGCAUCUAAUGGGAAAGGUGUUACAUAUCAAGCAAGGAACACAAAGGAUAUCACCAUGGAAAUGGUUAACAUGCACGAGAAGCAGCUAUUUAUGGAUGGUAAAAAGUUGGUUGCCAUUAUUUCUGAAGCUGGGUCAGCUGGUGUUUCGCUGCAAGCAGAUAGAAGGGCAGCAAAUCAGAAAAGAAGGGUCCACUUGACCUUGGAGCUCCCUUGGAGUGCUGAUCGAGCAAUUCAGCAAUUUGGAAGAACUCAUCGGUCAAAUCAAACAUCAGCACCUGAAUAUAGCCUAAUUUUCACAAAUCUCGGUGGGGAGCGCCGUUUUGCAUCCAUUGUUGCAAAGAGACUAGAAACUCUUGGUGCUUUGACACAAGGAGAUCGAAGAGCUGGGCCAUCUUUGAGUGCCUAUAACUACGAUAGUCACUUUGGUAAAAAAGCAUUGAUGGUGAUGUACAGAGGAAUAAUGGAGCAGGAGAAUCUGCCUGUUGUUCCUCCUGGUUGUUCGUCUGAUGAACCAGAAACAAGUAAAGAUUUUCUAAAAAAGGCAAGAGCUGCCCUCAUAUCUGUUGGAAUUGUUAGAGACAGUGUUAUGGCUAACGGGAAAGACUUCGGAAAGAUUUCAGGACGAAUAGUUGAUUCUGACAUGCAUGAUGUUGGUCGUUUUCUCAAUCGGCUCCUGGGAUUGCCACCAGACAUUCAGAAUAGGCUGUUUGAAUUAUUUGCAAGUAUAUUAGAUUUUCUUGUACAUAAUGCUCGCAUUGAAGGAAACCUUGAUUCAGGAAUCGUCGAUAUGAAAGCUAAUAGCAUUGAGUUGCAGGGCUCUCCAAAGACCGUUCAUGUUGAUCAAAUGUCUGGAGCCUCGACUAUGCUCUUCACUUUCACUCUCGAUCGUGGAGUUACAUGGGAGACUGCAAGUUCAAUGCUUACGGAAAAGAAAAGGGAUGGACUUGGUUCUGCAAGUGAUGGCUUUUAUGAAUCUAAAAGGGAAUGGUUAGGAAGACGACACUUCAUAUUAGCAUUUGAGAGUGCAGGGUCGGGGUUGUUUAAGAUAGUCCGUCCCGCUGUAGGAGAGUCAAUCAGGGAGAUGCCUCUUUCGGAAUUGAAAAGUAAAUACAGAAAACUCUCAUCUCUGGAGAAAGCUUGUAAUGGUUGGGAAGACGAGUACGAAGUUUCAUCUAAACAGUGCAUGCACGGAUCCAAGUGUAAGCUGGGCGACUUUUGUACUGUUGGGCGAAGGAUACAAGAAGUUAACGUCUUGGGCGGCCUCAUUCUUCCUGUCUGGGGAACCAUCGAGAAAGCUCUUUCCAAGCAAGCUCGUCAAAGCCACAAGAGACUUCGAGUCGUACGGAUACAGACCACGACGGAUAACCGGCGGAUUGUCGGCCUAUUUGUCCCUAAUGCAGCAGUAGAGACUGUAUUAGAAGAUUUAGCAUGGGUACAAGACCUCGACGACUAAGACAACAUUGUUAAAGUUAUGACAAAACCAGAACUCAGGGAGAAGCUCCAUGACCACGGCCAAUGUUUCAUCCUCAUUCUUGUUUUUGUUUUUUCUUUCCCGUUUUAUUUUGUUUCAUGUUCUAAAUUAGAGGUGGAAAAAAAAAAUACUCGGUAGCCUUUAAUUUUUUGGCACGCUAAGAAAAAUGUGUAUAUCAUCAUCAGCACACUUUGUCAUGCCUCCUUGGGGCAAGUAAACAUAGGUGUAAUGAGCUUUAAUUUGUCAUUGAUUUCGUCUAUUAACUCAA